GAAGGAGGUUCGCCACCAACAAUGGGUCUCAUCAAAAACCUCUGUCUCAAAUUGUCCUACACAAAAGCCAUUGACCGAUCAAGUGGAAGACUGGAGACAAUGUUCUUUGAGAAUUACUAUAGAAUCGCAUAUAUGACAGGUAUGUCUACUGCUGACGACAAUAUAGGCUACCUGGUGUACAGCAACGCUGUGAAGCUGAUGAUAGUGCUGCUCGUACUGGGAGUGGUGUGGUACGGGUUCAUGGAAACCACCAGUUUUGAUGAAUUCGCUGGGAACCUCAACGUGUCCCUCUUACAAUUUAUCACGUUUUAUCGAUACAGGAAUAUGUUGGCACACGAAAAGUUUUACAACGAACUGGCCAGUUCUAUGGAAUCUCCAUACUUCGAUAUAUCAACGGAGCAAAGAAAGAAACUGGUGGAAUUUUGGAGCCGAACAAACGUGAAAUAUUUGAAAUUACUUAUGGGUUUGGGAAACUGCACUCUUUUGGCUUGGUUCAUAUUCCCACUAGUGGAUGACAUCGAAUACAACCUCAUCGUGGGGCUCUACCUACCGUUCUUCUACAAGUCACCUUCUAUGUAUCCUCUAGCAUACAUGUUAUCAGUGAUAUUCUUCUUCUACAUCUCCCAAUUCGUGAUGGUGACGGACCUGAAGAUGCAGACUCAUCUCAUACACGUCCUGUGCCAGUUCUCAGUGUUGGCUGACUGCUUCGAGAACAUGAUCCCUGAUUGUACUGCAGGUCUUGAAGGAGUACCGAGAAACCAUUUAAUGUAUAACAAUCACUUCGCUGCGAAAUACACAGAGAGAUUAGGCAAUUUAGUGAAACAACAUAAAAUAUUGCUGGGGCACGCGAUGAACCUCCGCGACACGCUAAGUGGGCCAUUGUUGGGACAGUUGGCGGCCAGUGGCGUGCUCAUUUGCUUCAUCGGAUAUCAGGCCACUGCGACCAUAGGACAAAGCGUGGUAGCAUGUAUGACAAGUUUCCUGUUCCUGGCAUACAAUCUGUUUGACUUCUACAUGAUAUGCCGCUGGUGUCAAGAGAUUACUAACCAGAGUGCUAAUGUCGGUGAAGCCAUAUACUGCUCAGGGUGGGAGUGCGGAGUCUCCAAGCUGCCCGGAGUGCGGUCUACCAUCAUGUUCGUGAUAGCAAGGGCCAACAAACCUCUCGUCCUCACCGCGGGAGGGAUGUACGACCUCUCCCUCACAUCUUAUACAAGUCUCGUGAAGACAUCUUAUAGUGCUUUGACGGUGCUGCUUCGAUUCCGCCAUGAUUAAAUAGUACCUAAAGAUGUCUAAAAAUAAUUUCAAAAUUAUUUAGCUUUUACUGAAAAUCUACACUACAUUAUUUAAUAUUACACUGAUUUAAUAAAGAAGAAGAAUUAGAAUCUAUUUCUGCACAUUUAAUUCUUAAACAAUGUAUAGGUAAUUUAAUGUUUACUUACUGCUAAUAAAUUAAAAGCAC